AUGUCAGGCCUAGAAGGGCUGGGAGCUUGUGAUGAAAUUCGAGAUAGAAGGUCAGACUUUGAGAAUUCUGAAGAGGAGCGACGACGCUCAAGGAUUUGCAACCUCAAGAAGAAGGCGAUAAAUGCUUCAAGCAAGUUUACUCACUCUCUUAAGAAAAGGGGAAAAAGGAAAAUCGAUUACCGGGUUCCAUCAGUUUCCAUAGAAGAUGUACGUGAUGAAAAAGAGGAGAGUGCUGUCCAAGAAUUGCGUCAAAGACUCCUUGACAUGGACUUGUUGCCAGCGAGGCAUGAUGACUACCAUACUUUGUUGAGAUUUUUGAAAGCUAGAGACCUUAACAUUGAAAAAACAAUCCAUUUGUGGGAAGAAAUGCUUAAAUGGAGAAAAGAAUUUGGAACAGACACCAUUUUGGAGGAUUUUGAAUUUGAAGAGCUCGAUGAAGUAUUGCAAUAUUAUCCUCAAGGGUACCAUGGGGUUGAUAAAGAAGGCAGACCGGUUUACAUAGAAAGGCUAGGAAAAGCUCAUCCAAGUAGGCUUAUGCAAAUCACCAGUAUAGAGCGAUACUUAAAGUAUCAUGUCCAAGAAUUUGAGAGAGCUCUACAGGAGAAAUUCCCUGCUUGUUCAAUUGCAGCGAAGAGACAAAUCUGUUCAACAACAACUAUACUUGAUGUACAAGGCUUGGGCAUGAAAAAUUUCACCAGGACUGCUGCGAAUCUCUUGGGUGCUAUGACAAAGAUAGACACCAAUUACUACCCUGAGACAUUACACCGAAUGUACAUUGUCAAUGCUGGCCCUGGCUUUAAGAAGAUGCUUUGGCCUGCUGCACAGAAAUUUCUUGAUGUAAAGACUAUUUCAAAGAUACAGGUUCUGGAACCCAAAUCUUUGUCUAAACUACUGGAAGUCAUUGAUUCAAGUCAGUUGCCAGAUUUCCUGGGCGGAUCAUGUACAUGUUCUACUGAAGGAGGCUGCCUUAAGUCUAAUAAAGGUCCAUGGAAUGACAUAGAGAUAAUGAAGCUUCUGCAUGCUGCUGAAGCAACAUUUGUGAGGGAAAUCACCAGAGUGUCUAAUGAACAGCAGAAACUUGACUCUUAUAUUCAAAUAAGCCCACUGAAGGGCAGAACAAGUGAUACAUCAAUUGCAGAAUCGGCGUCAGAUAAUGAUGAUCCAAGUUCUUCGCUGGGACGAAGGAGUUCUACGUUUCCUCCUUUGGACGCAGUUAAUGAAGAAGCAUCAGAUCCAAAUGCUUACUACAGCUGUGAUGAUAAUUUGCCUCUGGUUGAGAAAGCUGUAACAAGUGAUCAAGGAGUGGGACAUCGUCAGGGUCAAUCACUUAAUCAUAGCAUGGAAAAUGUUUCUCGUGAGGCAACAUCAAAUUCAGAAGGUAGUUCAGUUGACUUUCGGCAUGACAUUGUUAAGGACCAAAUUGAGAGGAGGGACUUCUCUCGUGUGGCAAGAAUGCUGAUAUCUUUCCUGGUCAGAGUACUACCAUUUUCUCAUAUUCUACGAUUUGAAUUUUGGGGAAGGAAGAACAACAUUUACCCAUCUAAUUUGGUGGAAAGCAACACACAUAGCCAGUCACCAACACCUGAAGCUGUGAAUGAAGAAGACUAUGUCCUCCCAUGUUUACAGCGUCUUCAACAGCUAGAAAAGGUAUACGAGGACCUUAACAACAAGCCUGCUGCGAUUCCUUUAGAGAAGGAGCGAAUGUUGAUGGACUCUUUGGACAGGAUAAAGUCUGUUGAACAUGAUCUUGAGCAAACAAAAAGAGUACUGCAUGCUGCAGUGGUAAAGCAACUAGAGAUUGCUAGGUUGCUGGAUAAUCUGCAGGAAUCUAAAUUUCGUCAGAAGAGACCGUUUUGUUGA